UUUUUACACAAAAUAGAUUUAAGCUGGUGAUAUUCUAAAAUUGUAGUGCUGUUGAUUCCAUAUCAUAAAGUGAGAAUGUUUAAUGAGAAAACUCUUCCAUUUUCUAUUAUAUGUUCUAACUGUUUUAUUCCUUUAUUUUUCCACUGAGUGAUGGAAGUUAACCAUCUUUUUCUUUUGCAGGAUGUCAGGGUUGUUCCAGAUGGGUGUAAGCUCACAUGGCAUAAGUGAAGGCUUGGUUAUCUUAAGAAACUCCCACCAAGUAAUUAAAUAGGAAAUGAUGUGGCUGAGCUGAUGAAUGGCAGCCAUGAUGAAGCUUUGUGGAGCUCUGGUCCUGUUCUUGACUGUGUCCAUAGCAACUGGAUUACGAUGCUACUCAUGCAUAUUAUCCAGGCCUGAAUCCUGCACAAAUGCUAUAAACUGUGUUUCACCUUUAAACAAAUGCUACUCUAUGAAAGUGGGUGAUUUAGUCAAUCUAGGAUGUGGACACAGCUCUAUGUGCGGAAGCCACAUAAAAUGCUGCAGUGGAGACCUGUGCAACAGCGCCUUCCCAGCGGGUCCCAGUGUCAUGCUGCUGCUGGUGUCCUCAGCCAUCCUCACACUCUUUCUCUAAAGCUUUGGGACAGAUGUUAUUCAAUGCAUACACAUUGUUUAUCUCACUGAGCAUGCAAAACCUGUCAAUGAAUGUGUGUCAUUUUCUUCAAUAA